AUGAAGGGAGGUCGAGGAGCUGGCCGUGGCCAUCAACAUCCUGGACAAGGUGAAGGUGAUCCCAUUGCCGCUGCUGACGCGGCGGGGCCAACACUGGCCAAUGGCGCUGGCGAGACUGCGGGUGCCUACUACAAGGGAUUGGACUCCGGGUUGGCCAAAUCGGCGCCCUCGGCACAGGGUCUGUGCCAACGGACCUACAGAGCUUACAGGCGGCGACUUGAACUUUUCAGUCGGCAAUGCCUGAGGCGUGGAAGCGACGUUGCCGUGGAGGGAGCCUUCCUGGUGAUGUCGCAGUUGCAGGAUUCGGCUUGGGACGCGACGGAGGGCAUCGACUAUGACGACAUCGAGCUCUCCGAGAACCCUUUCCUGCCGAUACGGCAGACGCUGGACCUCCUCUACCAGCAUGAGGAGGAGGUGGAGCUGCCUGAGCGAUGCCAAGAGUUCUUCGAGCAGUUCGCGCGGGAGAAGGGCGAGGAGUUGCAGGCCUACAUCGUGCGACACCAGACCAUGCUGCGGAAGCUCAAGGAGUUGAAGGUGGAUGUGCCACCGCUCUUAGCGGGGUGGCACAUGCUCAACAGAGCUGGAGUGCCUCGGUGGACCCACCCUCAGAUCAAGGCCCUUUGCGGUGGAGAACUCAACGUGAAGAAUGUGGCCAAGGCGAUGACAAGGAUGUUCGGUGGAGACAGCAAGCCGAACAUGAAGGAUUCAGCGCUGAGAGGAAACGACAUCAACAUGGCCGAGCACUACGAGGACGACUAUGGCUACGAGACGGAAGAGGCCUACUACCACCACUAUGAGGAUGAAGAGAACUUCUACGAGGACUACGACGACGUGGACUACGUUGGUGACGAUGAUGAGCCACCACCCCAAGAAGUUGAAGAAGCAGCCAUUGCCACGGAGGAGGCAUACAUCUCCUACUUGGACAGCAGAAAGAAGAUGCGAGAGCUGGCACUGGCACGUGGCUUCUACCCUGUCGUGGCCCUGGACAUGGGAGGUCAUGGAGAAAAAGGGAAGAAAGGAGGUGGUGGAAAAGGAAAAGGUAAAGGAAAAGGGGGUAAGUCAAGUGGAGCCCCAAAAGGAAAAGGGAAGUCGUUUGUCCCACCUGGCACCAAGCGCUUUGCAUUUGGUCGACGAGGACAAGGGCCAGGAUCUACAACGACUUCUUCGACAUCGGCAAGAUCGACGACGAGUGGGAGUACAUCCUCACAUGGCCCGAGGUUCAAGAGGUAUAGAUUGCCUGCCUCGGGAAUCAAGGAAGUGCCCGACGAGGCGAACAUGGUGGAGGAGACUGAGAUUGACCUGGACGUCCACUCCAAGAUCACGGAUGAGAUCAACUACAACGAUUCCGAUGCUGGAUGGGCAAUCAUGGAUUCUGGCGCAACACGGACGGUGUGCGGUACCAGAGUCUGGGACAAGUUGGCCGAGUACCUGGUGAUGCGGGACCUCAUGCACCUUGUGGACACUGUGAACGAGGUGCGAGACUUUCGCUUUGGUGAUGGGGUGAUCCUACGAUCUCAGAGCUCUAUGGUGAUCCCUGUCUGUGUGGCGAAACAAUGGACAAAGCUCAAGAUCCACAUCCUUCCAGGCACCACACCACUUCUUCUAGCACGACCUGUGAACUAUGGACAACAGAGCAUCAAGGUGAACGGCAAGCCAGUGAAGCCUUCAAGGACUUCAAAUGGACACUACAUGAUCAACCUCUUCGACGACCUUCAGGACGUCAUGAACGUGACGAUGUUGGAAGAUGAGGACCCCGAACAGGUGGCCUACAUUGGAUCAGUCCUGACGGACGAUGUCUCCGAUCUGGAGAUGGACAUCGAGGUUGACAUGGAUGGCACUGGAAUGGAGGAAGCUGUUCAACUGGUUUGCAGCAGGCUUCCCAGUUCCGAGCGCAAGAUGAAGUUCUGGGAGGUGUAUGUCGACGAGGGCAACUUGUCAGCCUUUCUCAACCGGAAGGAUGGAGUGGAAGCCCGAGGGUUCAGCCUGCCAGACUGGAACUUUGAUCAUCGAGCUGAACAGAUACGGUUCCUUGACGAGAUGGACAAGGAGCAGCCCCUGCACAUCAUGGUAGCCUUUGAGUGCCGACUGUGGUCACCCAUGCAGAACAUGAACUACAGGACCGAUGAACGAAAGCUUCUCCUUGCAGAGAUGCGUGCAGCUGAAGAACGCACCCAUCUACGCUUCUACAACGACAUCCACAAGAAGGGCAAGGCCAUUGGUUGUGAUGUCACCCUGGAGCAACCUGCGGAAGCUAUGUCAUGGAAGACCACAACUUUGGAAUCCAUGAGGGGCUACUACGAAACGGUGCUUGACAGAUGCCGCACCGGUCUCAAGAUCAACCCCAAGGACAAGACCUUCGUCAAGAAGCCUACGAGGUUCAGAUCCAACUACGAGGAUUGUGGCAGAGGCAAAGCACUCAAACAGAUGCAGAACUACGAGCCUGGCCUGGUCAAAAUGUUGGGCGAUGCCAUCUUCAGUUCGAUGGAGAUUGCUUGGCGCAACCGUGGCCAAGCAGAACUCAUGAUGAUGGAGAUUGUCGAGAAGUCAACGGAGGAGAUGAAGUACUUGGAGCAGAACAAAGAGCUCAUCAAGAUCGCCGGCCCAGAGGCUUUGAAGGCGAUCACCCUCCUACAUCGACAACUUGGGCAUCCAUCGGCACAGAAGCUGGUCGUAGCGGUGAAGCAACGAGACUUCCCCAAGGAGUACGUGCAGGUGGCCAGAAACUACAAGUGCCCCACCUGCUGGAGCAAACAAGAACCAAAAGCUGUCAGGGUCGCAACCUUGAGAAAAGCCCCACACUUCAACCACACCAUCGCCAUCGACACCUUCUACGUCGAAUGGGAUGAGGAGAAGAAGGGCGUCCUGACGGUCUUGGACGAGUACUCUCGCUACGAGAUGGACCAUGUCAUCACGGAGGAGACGGCGGAGGUUGAGAUCGCGCUCUUGGAAUCUUCCUGGAUGCGGUCAUUUGGAUUUCCGACCCAUCUCAGGCUGGAUGCAAGUGGCCCACAUCAGAGCUCGACUUUUGCUGAUUGGGCGAGUCUUCACGGGAUGAAGCUGGAAUUGAUUCCACGUGGAGCUCACCACAGACUUGGCAUCCUCGAGCACAACCAUGCAGUGAGGCGCAAACAACUGGAGAUCUUCCACAAGGAGAUGCCUGACGUUCCCUUUGAACGUGCGCUGUUGGUGACCUGCCAUCAACGCAACAGACUGGCAUCAGUCUCUGGAGCCUCACCGGCAACCAUUGCCUUUGCCUACGUUAAAGUGCGGCUGGCUUGGAGAUUCUGGAAGGUUCUAGACGGUGGCAACGCUGAUGAGCCUGGACCUGAACAAUUAGGUGAUGAACGAGAUCAGGUCAAGAACACCCUCAUCAAGGAGACUGCAGCUGUGGCUUUUCACAAAGCCAAUGCCGACCUUGCCAUGAGGUCUGCAAUCCUUGCUCGUUCCAGAGUGGAGCAGGAUGAGCUGUAUGUGGGCGAUUGGUGUUUCUACUGGAAACCAGCCACCACGAAGCUUGACCCCUUUCGGUGGCGUGGCCCAUGCCUGGUUGUGGCGGUGGAGGUGAUGCCCGAGCGCACCAGCACCAUCUACUGGAUCGUCCAUGGAUCAUCACUGGUCCGAUGCACUCGAGCUCAACUACGACAUGAGACGGUCCCUGAGCGCUUUGAACGACAAAGCCAACCACCACACCUCGAGCAACUACGACAACCUCUUGCAGGCCGACUUCUUCGAGCCCUCAAACCUGUACGUGGCCCAGUCCGUGCUGUGGACAUCGCUGAGACCAAGCAAGAUCCUUUCCAGUAUCCUGGGGGGUAUGCCCUCGCUGACGCUGCGGGUGAACACCACUUCGACGACAAGACCCCCACUGACCUCAAGGAUGACACACAGAAUGCGGACGAGCCGAUGGAGGACCAGACCCCAAACAGCCAGUCACCUGAGAUGGCCAAAAGCCCAGACACUGCCUCAAAUGAUGCAGGCCGUCCACCGUGGCGACUGCAUCCCAUGCCAGAGUACGUGGAUCCGGAGCCAGCUGGAAUUUGGACUGACCCCGGACCACCCUCUGCGGUGGCUGCUUCUACCUCUACUUCAACAGCUGCAGCCCCGAACAAUGAGAACAAUGAUGAUCAGGCAGCUGAAGGGGAUGAACAAAGCCCUGAAGAACGCCGUGAACCCAACAUCGUUGAGAACCAAGAUGAGAUGCAACCACAAGGACCUGGCACACAAGCUCAGGCAUUGAAGACCUACCACGAGGCUCUUCGAAUGGCAAGUGCUGUCUCUGAGGAGCGCAACCGCAUCUUGGAUGGACUUCCUCCUCGACGACAAGAUCGACAAGAUGAUGGUCAGCCAGCCCCAAAACAACCCAGGCUGGAAGAGGUUCACAUGGUUCAGAUGACCACUGAGGACGAGCUCUUUGCGGUGGUCGAGUCCCGACUUGAUGCUGCCGGAAAACAAGCCUUCAAGGAGGCCAAAAUCAAGUCUCUGGUGCCCUGGUGCGAAAAUGAUGCUUGGAGACCGGUCAACCGGACCGAAGCACCAGCUGGGACGAUUGUGCCCAUGAGAUUCCUGCUGCGGUACAAAGAUGAAGCACCGCAUGCACGGAUGAUCCUUCAAGGAUUCAAACACCGUGAUGUCCUUGAAGCAAAAUUGGACACAGAAUCCCCGACCUUGUCACGACUUGGCUGCAUCCUACGAUGGAAGAUUGGGACAAUGGAUGUCAAAUCGGCAUUCCUGCAGGCGGACUACAUCCACCACAAGGUCGACCUGUAUGGGGAGCCCUCGGCAGACAUGAGACGCUUGCUGAAGGAGAUGAUUGGACUCCUUGAACACCAAGUCAUGCAGAUGACCAAGCCGGCGUUCGGAGAUGUCAGAGCCCCCAAGCAGUGGAAUGAGACGGCCGAUCGAGCCAUCACCAAGGAGGUUGGUUUCCUCAAGCAUGCCUUGGAUGGCUGCCUCUACCUGUCCACGCGCUUGGCCAACAAGGAGGACGAUCCCUUCCGCGUGUUCAAGCUCAACGGCAUGGACUAUGUGGUCGAUGGCAUCCUUGGACUUCAUGUGGAUGACAUCAUCGCUGCGGGCGAGUUCUUUCACAAGGCUGAGGACGCUGUGGAACCUCAAGGUGAUCCUCAGAACUUUGCAGAGCGAAUGCAUGUGCUCUUGCACCGGUUCCGAUUUGGCGCCGUCAACUACGACGACAACCAGACCUUCUGUGGAGCUCAGAUGUCUCAGAGCCUUGACUACUCCCAGGUGAACUUCAGCUUGGAGAAGUACAUCAAGCAGCUCAAGCCGCUGACAAUUGAGAAGAACCGGAAGGCCAACCCUGAAGAAAAGGCCACUGAUCGGGAGGUCAGCCAACUCCGUGGACUUUUGGGAGGAAUGGCAUGGCCAGCAAACCAGACACAGCCUCAUUUGAGUGCUGCGAUCAGUUUGGCCCAGGCUACAGUCUCAGGUGCCAAGGUGGCCGACCUCAACGAGGCCAACAAGAUCCUGCGCUUCGCCAAGGAGACCGCGGACAUCCCUCUGACGAUCAGAGCUCAUGGCGCACUCAGCCAGCUGCGUUUUGGAUUUUUCUCCGAUGCUUCUUGGAGUACGCGGCCUGAUGGAUCGUCGCAGGGCGGGUGGCUUCUGUUUCUGGCCUCUGAGGACCAGAUCAAUGGCGAUCGACCCUUCCCUUUGACGGUGGUCGACUGGGCAAGCAGAAAGCUGCCGAGGAUCUGCCGAUCUUCUCUGAGUGCAGAGGCACAGAUCAUGACCACAGCGGUCGACAACCUGGAAUGGGCCAAGACCAUGUUUGGGCUCAUUCUAUGGCCUUCUGAAGGCGCUGACAGUGAGCACGUGAUGAAGUGGCUUGGAAUUUCGCCCUGCAUCACAGACGCUCGAGCGCUGUUUGAUGCAAGCACUUCAGCGACCCCUGGCAUGAAGUUGGCCGAGAAGAGGACAGCAAUCGAGAUCAAGAUCACGGCCGAGCGACUUCAAGCCGCAUGUGGCAUGAUGCGAUGGUGCAACUCGCAUCAGCAGUUGGCAGACGGAGUCACCAAGUCUGCAGCCAAGACCAAGCUGGCCAUGGAGCUUCGUCGAGGAGUUCAUUGCCUGCGCUACGACCCUGAGUAUGUGGCCAGCAAGAAGGUGAAACAAGAAGACAAGGACAAGGAGCAGGAGUUCCUGGACAACGCGGCCAAGGAGAUCUACAAGAAACAUCAAAUCCAGGAGAACGUCUUCCACACUGAAGACAUGGACGAGAUCGACAAGGAGGAGGCAAACAUUUGCCUGCUGGAUGGGUGCUCACUCCCAGCUGAGCACGGCAAGCGCUACUGCACAAAGCGGCACUACCACGCGGCCCAGCACAAGCGCAACAACCCCAAACGAGCUGAGACAGCUCUGGCUACAUGGAUGGUUUUGACGGCUGCUGCUGCAGUUCCUGGUGCUGAUGCCCUGCGAUUCACUGAGGAGGGUGUCGUGAUCCCCUACAUCCAGAUCAUUGCCAUCGUUGUCUUGAUCCUGGUGGCGAUGAUCGCAUCCUUCCUGGCCGGCAUCAACUACGUCCGACAUCGAGAACAUCAAGGUGAUCCUGGACUUCCCCGUGAACUACAAGAACAUCUCAUCCCGGAUGAGGAGAACAACCUUCCACCCUAUGAGUGGGACAGCUCCUUCAUGGAGAGUUCAGUGACCUCCGUGCUGAACCGAAGUGGAGAAGAACCAUCAUUCUCAACGGAUGGAUUGGGUCAACCAGAAACUCAUGAAGGAGACAUCAUCUCCCCGACCAACACACCGAGAUUGCCAAAUGGCGAGCGAGUGGAGAGCAGCAAUGGAGGAGUGGUGUCAUGGCUGACACCUGGACAGGUGGUCUACCUCAAGGGGGAGGGCUACUACGUCUACUCCGAUGCGGAGGUGAACCAGCGAAGAACGGCAUUGGAAGAAUCGAUGCCACCAUCAGUAGAUGAAGUGAUGACACCAGAGCUCAUCACGGCUUUGAUGCAAGGAACUUUGGCCCCUGAACAACACAUGCAGGUGCCACUGGACGCAAGCGACUGGAAUGGCGUGCAUCCAGAUGAGCGCGCUGAGAGAUCCCGAAUUUUGGAAAACAGCCUGAUCUUAGGCAUCGAGAUGGAAGAGAUGGACAACCAGAGAGAUGCAGAAGCUCGAGGACUGAGAGCCCGGCUUAGAACAGUUCGUGAGGUGGAAGCCUCUCUAAGAGAGAGAAACGCUGCUGAAGCCUCUAGGACAUAG